AUGGUGACCGUGAAGGCAACUCAUACAAUACUACCAGCCGGGCCAACGCCAAAUGAGAUCAUGUAUUUAACAGAACUUGAUCAAAUUAAGGCCGUGACCCAUGCUCCCACUGUCUACUUCUUUCGUCCUUGCACUGAUUCGACCUUUCCAGAUGCAAUCCAUAUUUUAAAAGAUUCCUUGAGCAAAGUACUCGUAAUCUUCCAUCCAAUGGCAGGGCGCCUCCACGAGAUUGGUGGUGGCCGCCUUGAACUUCACUGCAAUUCUAAGGGAGCAAUUCUUGUCGAAGCUGAGUCUGAAUCAAAAAUUGAUGAUUUUGAGCUUCAGGAUUUUCUUCCAAACGCAGAAACGCGAGAGCUUAUGCCAAAAGUGGAUUAUAGAGCUACUCCAAUUCACGAGCAGCCAUUGGUUUUGGUGCAACUAACUAAAUUCAGCUGUGGCGGAACUUCUCUAGGCUUGGGGAUUUCGCACAUUUUAGCAGAUGGCCCUACUGCGCUACAUUUUGUUAGGGAGUGGGCUAGAUUUGCACGCCGUGAGAAGAUUGGCAACGUCCCAUUUCUGGAUAGGAGAGUUUUGCAACUUGCAGAAGCAACACCCAGUUCGAAAUUUGAUCACACAGUCUUGCUGACACAGCCGCCACUCCUGGUAGGCCAAUCGGACAAUAUGGAGGAGCGGAAGAAGCCAACAACGGUGGCCAUGCUGAAGCUAAGCAAAGAACAAAUCGAUAAAUUGAAAAGCAAGGCAAAUGAAGAUACACCAUUCAAAAACACUACUCGUCCAUAUAGUAGAUACGAGGCUGUGGCUGGGCAUAUGUGGAGGUGCGCCUCCAAGGCGCGGGGGCAUGUAAACAAUCAACUAACGAGAUUACACAUACCUGUCGACUUCAGAAAUAGAAUGCAGCCACCAUUACCGCAAGAUUACUUUGGAAAUGCCAAUCUACGCCAAGCAGCAAUAACCACCGCAGGAGAGUUGCUCUCAAACCCCUUGGCUUAUGCUUCGAGUAAGAUACGUGAAGCAGUUGAAAAGGUAACAGAUGAAUAUGUAAAAUCUUAUCUUGCACUGAUCAAGAAUCUACCGGAUGUAUCUAUACAUCGUAAUUUUCACACAGUAGGGUGUGCACUGGGGGGUUUCUUCGGAAACCCAAAUAUGGAAAUCACAAGCUGGACAGCUAUGUCUAUAUACGAUGCUGAUUUUGGGUUGGGGAAAGUAAUUCACAUGGGCCCUGCAACAAUGGGUUUCGACGGGAAAUCUUUCAUCUUACCAGGACGAGAUGGAUCAUUUACUGCUGCGUUGUGCUUGCAGACAGAGCAUAUCGACACUUUCAAAAAACAUGACCUCGAGGAGGUUCCAGUUGAUGGGAAUGUUGUUCCCGAUGAGAUAUCCCGACGAGAUCAAUGUGGCACAGAUGUUCUCUUUAUGCACUCAAGGAUACACAUGCCCCGAGCUCAAGUGCCUGAGGAUGUGAGUGCAAAAAUUGGUGGGAUGGCUAGCAUUGCUCCUCGGGUUAACAUGGUCGGGGUCGUGCCUAUAUUGGGAUCAUCAGAUCGGAAAUGGGGAUGA